GGCCUUGAAGCACAGUUACUCGGAAACGUGGUGAGGAAAGAACGGCCUGAACUCGAGGAGCAGAAAGAUUCGCUGGUGAUGAACAUUGCAGCUGGCAAGAAGAAACUCAAAGAACUGGAGGACGAAAUUCUCAGGCUGUUGAAUGAGGCAACGGGCUCACUCCUUGAUGAUGUGCAACUUGUGAACACACUGCAGACCUCGAAGGUGACUGCCACUGAGGUUGCAGAGCAGAUCGAGAGCAGUGAGACCACGGAAGUGAAAAUCGACUCAGCUCGAGAGGGUUACCGCUCAUGUGCUGAGCGAGCCUCCAUCCUCUUCUUUGUGUUGAACGAUAUGGGAAAAAUCGACCCCAUGUACCAAUUUUCACUGGACGCCUACAUCGACCUGUUCAACCUGAGCAUAGAGAAGAGUAAACGCAGCCCCAAACUGCAGGAGCGCAUCACCAAUCUCAAUGAAUAUCACACCUAUGCUGUCUACAGGUAUACAUGCAGAGGGCUCUUUGAGCGACACAAGCUUCUUUUCAGUUUUCAAAUGUGCAUCAAGAUCCUGGAGGUGGCCGGGAAACUCAACAUGGACGAGUACAACUUCUUCCUGCGUGGGGGUGUGGUGUUGGAUAGAGAGGAACAGAUGGAUAAUCCUUGUCCUUCCUGGCUUGCUGAUGUCAACUGGGACAACAUCACAGAGCUCGAUAAAUUAACAAACUUCCAUGGUAUUAUGAACUCCUUUGAGCAGUAUCCCAAAGACUGGCAUGCUUGGUACACCAAUGCUGAGCCAGAAACAGCUGUGCUGCCAGUUGAGUGGGAUAAUACCUGCAAUGAGCUCCAGCGCAUGCUGAUCGUACGAUCCUUAAGGCAGGACCGCAUCGCUUUCUGCGUGACCUCGUUCAUUGUCAACAACCUUGGCUCCAAGUUUGUGGAACCUCCUGUGCUGGAUAUGAGAUCGGUCAUUGAUGACUCCAACUCGAGGACGCCGCUGAUAUUUGUGCUCUCCCCUGGGGUGGAUCCCACUAACUCCCUGCUCCAGCUUGCUGAAUACUCUGGUAUGGCGAACAGCUUCCUCGCUCUCUCACUGGGUCAGGGUCAAGCCCCCAUCGCCACCCGUAUGAUUACAGAAGGUGUAACAGAAGGUAACUGGGUGUUCCUUGCAAACUGUCACUUGUCGCUGUCAUGGAUGCCCCAGUUGGAUAAGCUGAUAGAGCAGCUGCAAGUGCAGGAUCCACAUCCCAAUUUCCGCCUCUGGAUAAGCUCCAGCCCUCACCCUGACUUUCCUGUCUCCAUCCUACAGACCAGCAUCAAGAUGACGACAGAGCCACCAAAGGGCAUCAAAGCAAACAUGAAGCGCUUGUACAACCUUUUGACCGAUCAGCAAUUCAAACGUUGCUCCAAACCCAGGAAGUUUAAGAAGCUGCUGUUCGCCCUGUGUUUCUUCCACAGUGUCCUCCUGGAACGCAAGAAAUUCCAACAGCUUGGCUGGAACAUUGUCUACGGUUUCAACGACUCAGACUUUGAGGUAUCAGAAAACCUCCUGAGUAUUUACCUGGAUGAGUAUGAUGUAACACCGUGGGAUGCGCUCAAGUAUCUGAUAGCAGGGGUGAAUUAUGGAGGCCAUGUAACCGAUGACUGGGAUCGCCGGCUGCUGAGCACAUAUAUCAACGAUUACUUCUGUGACAAAGCAGUGACCACCCCUUACUACAAGCUUUCCAUCCUGGAUAACUACUACAUCCCGAAAGACGGAGACCUGGAAUCCUACCGAGAGUACAUAAACAUGUUGCCUCCCAUGGAACACCCUGAGGCCUUUGGGCAACAUCCGAACGCGGACGUGGCCAGUGAGAUCACCGAGGCCCGCAGGCUCUUCGAGACGCUGCUGUCUCUCCAGCCGCAGGUCACCACUGCUGUGGGCAAAGGCCUGUCCAGGGAAGAAAAGGUACUCGAACUGUCAGCUGAUGUGCUCCAGAGGACCCCAGAGGACCUCGACUAUGAGGGGACCCAACUGAUGUUGCAGGAAGACCCUUCUCCCUUGAAUGUCGUACUUUUACAGGAGAUUCAACGUUACAACAUUCUUCUCAAUGUCAUCAGGACAUCCCUGACUGAACUAAAGAUGGCAAUCCAAGGCCUGGUUGUCAUGUCCACUGACCUGGAGGAAAUAUUCAGCUGUAUCCAUGAUGCUCAUGUUCCGCCUUUAUGGGAAAUGGCCUACCCCUCAAUGAAGCAACUUGGAGCCUGGACUCGUGACCUGGUUCACAGAGUGGAGCAGCUGGCCAAAUGGGCUGAGACGACGCACCCACCUAUCAUCUUCUGGAUUUCUGGUUUCACCUUCCCCACGGGAUUCCUCACUGCAGUGUUACAGCUGGCAGCUCGCAAGAACACGAUAUCAGUGGACUCACUGUCCUGGGAAUUUAUAGUUUCUGUGGUUGAUGAUAAUAACCUGCUGGAACCACCCAAGGAUGGUGUCUAUGUGAGGGGCAUGUUCCUCCAAGGAGCAGGAUGGGACAAGAGGAAUGCUUGCCUGGUGGAAGCUGAACCCAUGCAACUGGUCUGUGCCAUGCCAUCGAUUCAUUUCAAACCAGUGGAAAACAAGAAAAAGUCUGGAAAAGGGAUCUAUUCCUGUCCAUGUUAUUACUACUCCCAGAGAUCAGGAAGCAGCCGACACACGUCGUUUGUGGUGGGGAUUGAGCUGAAAACUGGAGACAAGCCACCCGAUCACUGGAUCAAACGGGGGACUGCACUUUUACUCAGUCUUGAUUAUUAGGACCUUUGAGGAAUCCUCCCACUCUGAGGAGGAUUUGAUCAUCACCAGACUGCUGCUACACACCCGGAGGGAAUACAGCAAUCAUUUCUGAGGAAGCCAAAGGAAACUCUUGUUUGUAACACCUUACCGGCAAAGUGUAUUUCACUGUUGCUCCUCGUAUAAUCACCAGUCCAGCUCCACAAUCAAAGGUCAUUUUUAAUUAGAUACUGCACCAAUAAAUAUUUUUAUAACUUUGUGUGGUGCCACAGUAUCUGGUGGAAUAUUUGUACCAUGCGGAAGCUAGGCAAUAAUCCUCUCGGAUAAAGGAACCCAACUAUCUCCCCUUCAACAGCACGGUGACCAUUGUGAAUCCCCACAAUUUGGGUUACCAAGUGAGGAAUGCAGGCAGAGAGAGGAGACACUGAACAGUAAUGAAUACCUCCCUCACCUUCCAGAAUUUGGCUCAUAACAACAGGAAAUAGUUUCAGUUCUCAAAUACCUGAAGACAGCAAACACUCCCAGGGACAGGGGAAGUACAGGGGUUAGAUACAGAGUAAAGCUCCCUCUACAUCGUCCUCCCCA